UACGAGUCACUCACAGAGACCACUUUGCCGGUUUGUAGUGAGAAGAGAUCGUCGUAAUCUUGAGUUACGUACUGUAUUAUUAAUUCCUUUUAUAAAUCCCAGAAUACCGCAGCAACAAUAUGCGUGAGUGUAUCUCUAUCCAUGUUGGCCAAGCUGGAGUCCAGAUGGGCAAUGCGUGCUGGGAGCUCUACUGCCUGGAGCACGGGAUCCAGCCUGAUGGGCAGAUGAAUGGUGAAAACGCUGUUGGAUCAACUGAUGAUUCCUUUACCACCUUCUUCAGUAACACUGGAGCUGGGAAACAUGUGCCUAGGGCAAUCUUUGUGGACCUGGAGCCCACUGUGAUAGAUGAGGUUCGCACUGGAACUUACCGUCAGCUGUUCCACCCUGAGCAGCUCAUCACUGGCAAGGAGGACGCUGCUAACAACUACGCCCGUGGGCACUACACCAUCGGAAAGGAGAUCAUCGACUCAGUUUUGGACAGGAUCCGUAAACUGGCUGAUCAGUGCACAGGUCUGCAGGGUUUCCUGGUUUUCCACAGUUUCGGUGGUGGCACUGGUUCUGGUUUCACCUCCCUGCUGAUGGAACGCCUCUCUGUUGACUUUGGUAAGAAGUCAAAGCUGGAGUUUGCUGUCUACCCAGCUCCCCAGAUCUCUACAGCUGUUGUUGAGCCCUACAACUCCAUCCUGACCACCCACACCACCCUGGAGCACUCAGACUGUGCCUUCAUGGUAGACAACGAGGCCAUCUAUGAUAUCUGCCGCAGGAACCUUGACAUCGAGCGCCCAUCCUACACCAACCUGAACCGUCUCAUCAGUCAGAUUGUCUCCUCCAUCACUGCCUCCCUGCGUUUUGAUGGUGCCCUGAAUGUUGACCUGACAGAGUUCCAGACCAACUUGGUGCCCUACCCCCGUAUCCACUUCCCCCUAGCCACCUACGCCCCAGUUAUCUCUGCUGAGAAGGCCUACCAUGAGCAGCUGUCGGUUGCCGAGAUCACCAAUGCCUGUUUUGAGCCGGCCAACCAGAUGGUGAAAUGUGACCCCCGUCAUGGCAAGUACAUGGCCUGCUGCCUGCUGUAUCGUGGAGACGUGGUGCCCAAAGAUGUCAAUGUAGCUAUUGCUGCCAUCAAGACCAAGAGAAGCAUCCAGUUUGUGGACUGGUGCCCCACUGGCUUCAAGGUGGGCAUCAACUACCAGCCUCCCACUGUGGUGCCCGGGGGUGACCUGGCCAAGGUUCAGAGGGCUGUGUGCAUGCUGAGCAACACCACUGCCAUCGCUGAGGCCUGGGCCCGCCUGGACCACAAGUUUGACCUGAUGUAUGCUAAGCGUGCCUUCGUCCACUGGUACGUGGGGGAGGGUAUGGAGGAAGGCGAGUUCUCUGAGGCCAGAGAGGACAUGGCUGCCCUGGAGAAGGACUACGAAGAGGUUGGCAUUGACUCCUUUGAGGAAGAGGAGGAAGGAGAAGAGUACUAAAAAAAGACCCCUGGGCUCGGGAUCGGAAGGAGGGUUGCUACAUUUGCCAAAUACCUGAAGUCCACAGGAAACAUUAUCUUGGAUGUGUACGGAAUGGGUGGUCCGCCCGAUCUACCCCCAUUCACGGUCACUUCUGCUAAUCUGCUUUACAUUCUGAACAAACUUCCACAAUAAAAUAAUUUGGUUCUGAUAAACAACCACUGGCAGUUUAUAAAGCACAUGCCCUUAUAAGCAAUGAGAGAGGUCUAUGUGUAUAGGAUCUUGUGUAUUUGCUGACUGGAGUAGCAUUUACAUUUCAGGUGGUGUAAACAUAUGUCGCUCAUGUAAUAAUGUAGAAUAACCAGACCACAUCUAUUAUAAAAACAACAUGCCUCAUGUCUUUUGGUUAUAAACCUGUAGGUAAUCAUGGUGUGUGGGUGAUUAAUUGAUAUAACUGCAAAUGUUUAAUGCCGCAUGGAAAUCUAGUAACUAUUGGAAUACUCAAAUCAACUUAUUUAAUGCCAACUGCUUGGUUGCCCAGAAAAGUAUGAUUUAUGAUACUGUCUGUAUGCUGGUAUAAUGUACUAAUGCUGUUUGUAUGCAAUAUAGGUGAGAUUUUUAUUUUCUUGGUCUCUGCCAAUGGCAAUCAAGAUUUAUUUUAUUUUUUACUUGAACACACUUUUGGUUCAGAAAGAAUAGUCAUAAGAAAGCAGAAUGGUUUAAAAUAAAUAAAUAAAGGGAUUCUUUUUUACUUUCUUUUUGGCUUUUACCUUUUUACUAAUUUCUCCCCCUACUGCUUUCCAAGAGGGCAAUGUAGAGAAAAAAAGUUAAUACACCAAGUAAUGUUCAUUUUUAUUUAGUGACCUUCCUUUUGCGAUCUCCGUUUGCCACGAGUCGCACAUGUUAACUUGCAGGAAACCUGUGGGGUGCAAAACCCUCACUUGGGAGUUUAUUUAUAUUUUGGUGGGGCUUUUGAAAAAGCUGUUUUCAUUGUUAAGUGCAAUAUUUUAUUUUGGUAAAAUGUUCAUGCAUACAGAAACCAUGUGACUGUUAAAAGCCCUUAUUUUUGUAAAUAAACAUAUUUAACCCAAA